AUGAUUAAGCUCGGUUUGACAUCACGAUCGCGGAGAGUGGUCCAGGACAGCUCGGUCGCGGCGGAGAAAUCGAAGAAUUUUAUGGGGAAGAAUAAAAAAAUCGACGUGGAUGAGAACUGUGGCUACUGUUGCUGGGCGAGCUUGCCGCCGGAGUUAUUGAGGGAAGUUGUGUUGAGAUUAGAGGAAUCGGAAUCAAACUGGCCUGAGAGGAGACACGUUGUGGCGUGUGCAGGUGUCUGCAAGAGCUGGAGGGAGGUGGUGAAGGAGGUGGUUCAAACUCCGGAGAUUUCUGGGAAGAUUACGUUCCCCAUAUCUAUUAAGCAGCCUGGCCCAAGAGAAUCUCUUCUCCAGUGUUUUAUAAAAAGGAACCGCUCUACUCAAUCGUAUUAUCUUUUUCUGAGUUUAAGUCAAGCUCUUGCAGACAAUGGCAAGUUUCUACUAGCUGCACGCAAGUGUAGGCGACCCACAUGUACUGACUACAUAAUUUCUCUACAGGCUGAUGACACGUCAAAAGGGAAUGACACUUACAUAGGAAAACUAAGAUCUAAUUUUCUGGGGACAAAAUUCAUUGUGUAUGAUGCUCUUCCUCCCCAUUCGGGAGCCAAAAUCGCGAAAUGUUGGUCUGCCCGCAUGGUUGGUUCAAAACAGAUUUCAUCUAGGGUGCACGCUGGGAACUACCCUGUGGCUCACAUCUCAUAUGAGUUGAAUGUGCUUGGAGCAAGAGGCCCGAGGAGGAUGCACUGUGUGAUGGAUGCAAUCCCAGCUGGCGCCAUAAAACCCGGUGGCUCAGCCCCGACACAGACCCAUCUUCCGGUCUCGUGUGUAAACUCCUCCCCCGCCAUCUCCUUCUUUCGCACGAGAUCAAUCUAUCUCAACAAGUCCCUGUCGGGGCCUCUCACCAACAGCCAAGCAGACAAUAAUAAUAGUAAUACCUCACUUGUGUUGAGAAACAAGUCCCCACGGUGGCACGAGCAGCUCCAGUGUUGGUGCUUGAAUUUCCAUGGGCGGGUCACGGUGGCCUCUGUCAAGAAUUUCCAGCUGGUUGCAUCCCCCGAGAACGGGCUAUCCGGUCCAGAGCAUGAUAGGGUGAUUUUGCAGUUUGGGAAGGUAGGGAAAGAUGUUUUCACCAUGGAUUAUCGAUACCCGAUCUCUGCCUUCCAGGCGUUCGCCAUUUGUCUCAGCAGUUUCGACACCAAGAUCGCGUGUGAGUGA